AAUCUAGAGGAUGGCUCUAAAUGACUGCUUCCUUCUGAACUUGGAAGUGGACCAUUUGGUGCACUGCAACAUUUCUAAUCACAGCAUGGACUCCCCUGUGACAGAUGACUGGUUCCACCCAGGCAUCCUCUAUGUCAUCCCUGUGGUUUAUGGGGUGAUUAUCCUGAUAGGCCUCAUUGGGAACAUCACCCUGAUCAAGAUCUUCUGUACGGUCAAGUCCAUGCGCAACGUACCCAACUUGUUUAUCUCCAGCCUGGCCUUGGGAGACCUGCUCCUCCUGGUAACAUGUGCACCCGUGGAUGCCAGCAGGUAUGUGGCCGACAGAUGGCUGUUUGGCAGGAUUGGCUGCAAACUGAUCCCCUUCAUACAGCUCACCUCAGUGGGGGUGUCUGUCUUCACGCUGACGGCUCUCUCUGCAGACAGGUACAAAGCCAUCGUCCGACCAAUGGAUAUCCAGGCUUCUCAUGCUCUCAUGAAGAUCUGCCUCAAAGCUGCCUUCAUCUGGGUCAUCUCCAUGCUUCUGGCCAUCCCGGAAGCUGUGUUUUCUGACCUGCAUCCCUUCCAUGAGGAAAGCACCAACCAGACCUUCAUUAGCUGUGCCCCAUACCCACAUUCCAAUGAGCUGCACCCCAAAAUCCACUCUAUGGCUUCUUUCCUGGUCUUCUACAUCAUUCCACUGUCCAUUAUCUCUGUCUACUACUACUUCAUUGCCAAAAAUCUGAUUCAGAGUGCUUACAAUCUGCCUGUGGAAGGGAAUAUCCACGUCAAGAAGCAGAUUGAAUCCCGGAAGCGACUUGCCAAGACCGUGCUGGUGUUUGUGGCCCUCUUUGCCUUCUGCUGGCUCCCCAACCACAUCAUCUACCUAUAUCGUUCCUACCACUACUCUAAGGUGGACACCUCCAUGCUCCACUUCAUCACCAGCAUCUGUGCCCGCCUCCUGGCCUUCACCAACUCCUGUGUGAACCCCUUCGCCCUCUACCUGCUGAGCAAGAGCUUCCGGAAACAAUUCAACACCCAGCUCCUCUGCUGCCGACCUGGCCUGCUGGUACGCUCACACAGCACAGCUAGGAGUACCACCUGUAUGACCUCCUUCAAGACCACCAACCCCUCUGUGGCCACCUUCAGCCUCAUCAAUGGUAAUAUCUGUCAUGAGGGGUACGUCUAGUUGA